CUUGGCUGUGAUAACAAGAAUUAGAGUAUAAAUGUGGCAAACUUUUAUAUUGGUUUAAAUCCUUUAAAAAUGGCUCUGUGGAUUCUAGUUUUCAUUGCAGGAUGCAUUGCUGAUCCAGGGCUUCAUGUUGCACAGAGCAGAAACAUUUUAAGGGGUGAUCAAGAGAGAAAAUCACUGGAGGAUGAAACAAACAAAUUGGAAUACAGGAUUACAAAUACCUGGGACAGCAUCCAGGUCAUUCAUGAGCCAGUGACCAUCACAUUUAAGGCAGGUGAUGGAGGACUGAUAAUGGAAGUGAAUUCCUUGUACUUUGAUGAUCCUCCAGCCCCACCUGGUGAGCCAGGACUUCCUUUUGAUGGACUUUGGGACUAUGAAGUUGUUGAAGCCUUUUUUCUCAAUAGCAAGACUAAAGAAUAUUUGGAAGUGGAACUUUGCCCGCAUGGACAGCAUCUUGUACUAUUGCUUUCUGGAGGAGAUUGUUUUGCAAAAGGCCUUGACUUGGAUUUUAAAGCAGACAUACACUGGAACAAAUGGAAUGGCACAGCCCUCAUACCUUGGAGGUAUUUUCCACCUGGUGUAGACAAGAUGAAUGCAUAUGCCAUCCAUGGGUCUGGAAUUGGAAGAACGUAUGAGGCACUUUAUCCGAUACCUAGAGAAGAGAUAGAAGAAGAUCAGGGGCCAAAUUUCCACUGUCUGGAGUAUUUCAAAAAUUUCAGUUUAAAGUGGAUUAUGGGAGAGAACUGGGAGCAGCCUGCAUCAGACCUGUGGCCAUAGCUUAAAUAGUUUCUACAAUCAAGGAACAUCCUGUGACAGAGAAGAAAUACCACCCCAAAAGGCAGCUACUUAAGAAAAAUCUUUUCAAUGUGCUUAAAGCAAAUCUUUUGUUGUGGCUUUAACAUGAUGUAAAAUUUCAAAUAAUAAUUUAAGUUGAUAUUCCUUUUCAUAAUGCUUUGUCUAUAUUGAUUCUUUUAAAUAAUUAAAUGAUAAAUAGAGGAAUAA